AACCAAGAUCUGUCCAAGAGCACAAGAGAGAAAUGACAAAUUAAUUUCAUAUUUGAACUAACACUAACUGCCCUAAGUUAGUUUCCCCUAGGAGUUUGAGGCUGGUUGACGAAUCUGAAUUUUUUGAUUGGCUGCAUAGUUGAGUUCGAUAAAAACUUAGGACAGCAGUUCAAGUCUAGUAACAAUACCAUAUAGGUAUAUAAUAAAGUUUUCCUUCUCACACCAUUACCUUCACCCCUUCCUGAUUUUAAUUUCUCUAAUCUCUAGUUCAUGACAGAACUUGGCUUUUCUGUGUGUAGGUGGAGCCAUAUGAAUCCUGGGGAGUGGUCAUGGGUUCCUUGUAAAGUCAAACAACUUACCCAUCCUGACUGAGACGGAUUGGCUUGUUCAUCUAGACUGUGCAUACAAGGAACAAUGAUGACCCAGUGGUUUGCAGUACCACUCAAGAACAUACGUGCAACUACAAGGUAAAAGAAGAACUUUUCCCACACACAGCUGCGUUGCCCGAAUAAGUCCAAAUCCAUGAUAAAGUACCACGUUUGUAAUGAAAGAUAAAGCCAAAAAUACCAAGUUGCAAGUGACAUUUCUUCAUCUGAGCAUGCAAAAAGGUUCUCCUGGAAUGGUGGCUUUUGCUUUGUGCUGGAUGACUUCUAGUGGUAUGGAUUCCCUAAAUUCUUGCUGCACACAGUGAAGAUAAAUAUCUUUUAAAGGUCCUUGCCACAGCUGCUACUAAAAAUAAAAAAUAAAAAGAAAACCACAAUUGAGAGAAGAUUUGAGAAGCAGAAAAUAUGCAGACCAAAGACAGCAGUCCACCAGACGGAGGCUAUGGAUGGGUUGUGGUAGUGUCAGCCUUCGUAGUGAUGGGUCUCACUGCUGCUGUCCUCAAGACUUUCGGUCUCUUCUUUGUUGAAAUCCAGGAGCACUUCGAUGAACUUGCAAGCACCAUUUCUUGGAUCACAUCAAUAACUAUUGCCACCUUUCAUUUAGGAGGUAGGUGAAAGAGGCCCUUAAGCAUUUCGGUUUUAAGUCCUAACCACAAAACAGAGACAUGCAAGGACAACGCUUCUUUCUUCUCUCUCUAUUCAAAAACUGGCAUUUGUUUCCUCUUAUAAAAAUGUAUCCGUGCCUCAGACAUUAAAUGGUACAGUGAGUACUCUGUGUAUACACUGAAAUUUGGUUACCUUAGAGAAUUCUAUGUACCUAGUCUCAUGAUUCAGUUUUCCUACAGACUUUGUAUCAAACUCAGGGAUGAUAAUCCUAAGAAGUUCAGAUUGUUGGAACAAGUUCUAAACCAGUUUGUGCCAGUUCACUGAUUUUACAGUGACUAUCAUUUCUCCAAGUACUUUAAGAACAAAGGACAGUGACCCUGUUUAUUAGAUAAGCCAUCUGCUACCAAAAUAGUGACAUCGGUUCCCCCAUUUCUUCUCCUUUUUCACUCCACAAAGUUUCCCUCUCCUUUUACCUAAUGCCAGUUCAGGCUCUCCUUCCUCCCCUUAAAGUGAUUCCAUGUUCUUUAUGUAACAGAAAACUCAUGAGAUUAAAAGGAAAAAAUAAAAAAUCAGUUCACCCAUAGAGAGGAAAAGGAAGACAAGACCAUACAGAGAGAAAGCAUACAAUAAGAGAAGAGAGAGAGAACUACAUAUCAGCCAAAUACUGUGAGUGAUUGGAUCAGGUCAAAUACUCCAUCUUACCAAAGCAAGAAGGGAAGAAAAUAAAAUACACUGCAUUUGAAUCUUCACUUAGUAAUCAGAGCCUUUUGUGCCAUUGUGAGCUGGAUGAUGCUUUACCAUAGUGUGAAGAUUUCAAACGAGUGCAGGCAAGAACUGCACAGAAUUUGUAAAGUCGUAUGCACAUAUUCUCAUAUGGAUAUGUAAUUGCAGUAAGUAUCCUUACAUAAUAGAUUUUAUUACAAUUUUGUUUGUGAAGACACCUCAUGGCAUAGAUACUGUAUAAUUAAAUACAUCCUACUCAGUCCACGCCUAGUGCUUACAAAGAUCUCGAACAACUGAUCUUUCUUGGAAAAUAUAUAUUAAGAACAAGACAGUCAUUCAAAUUUAGAGUCAAAAUAUAAAGCAAAUCAUGCACUGUCAAGUCUUUAUUUGUUCCAUAAGGUGUUACACUUGAAGCUUGAUUUGCAUUGUUCUUUCAUUUUGACAGAAAUAAUUAAUUGAAAAAUCCUUAAAAAGCUUGUUUCUUUCAUCCAUUUCUAUGAAAAUCUAACUAUUUUGUUUACAGAUCAGACUUACCACUAACCUAACUGUGAUACUAUUAUGUCAGUCAGACAUACGAACUUAGUGCAGCAAGAAAAAAGAGCCAGUGUAGGAGGAUAAAAGAGCUCCAGAUCUUACAGUUUUUUUUUUUUUUUUAAUAAUUAUUUCUAUUUUUGUUUUUUAUAUACCAGCAAAAUUGCAGUAGCCUAAGCAGGUGUUAGUCCGGCCUACUUCAAAGAAAAUGGUUAUAGUUUUCUGCAGAAACUGCUUCUCAUUCUUUGAAAUCAUUUGAAAAUAAUCCUCUUCAGUGAAUUGAGCUUGAUGAUCAAACGUUCUAAAACUCUUCCAUGCAGCAGUUUAUGAAUUAUUGCAUAACUCAGUAAUUUUCCUUCUGCCUUUGCUUCAUUUGUAGGGACCAGAAGACUUACUGACGAAGAUCACCUGAGCCUCCAGUUUCUUAAGCAUCUUUCCUGGCCUGGCUUAGCCCUUCCUAACACGUUCCACUGUGAUACCUUCAUUGUCUUUUGGCUCAGUAUGAAGGAUGAUCAGUGAAUUAUUAAUUUUUCCCAUUUGGAUAUUUUCAACAGCAUCUCUGCAACUUGCAUAGAAGGAGAGCACGUUUCUAUCUGAGGAUCUGCAUCUGCAACAGGCUGUUUGAUUUACCAAGAGCAAGGAUUUUCCCCAUCACAUAGGCCUCCUUUUGGUAUUAGUGUGCCUGUUCUAUCUCCUCUCUCUGGCACUAUGAUUGCAAGUUUUCUGAGUAUUGCCCUUUAUCCUUUCAGACUCUGCUCCCUUGUUAUCUUUUCCAUUUCCAGUUCUGCAGCUAAAUCCUUUCUUCCUCCUUCUACCCCACGUUGCAAUUUCUGCCUAUUUCCUCUCAAUUUCUAAAAAAAAUAUUGCCCUGUGUUUUGGCUCUUUCUCCAGCUGCAGAUUUUACUUCCAUCAUUAAACACUUUCACGGAUACCUCUUCUUAUGUUCAGACUACUUUUCUCUUAUUUUACCCAUCACACAUAUAUGUGAGCCUCCAGCUGUAUACACAUUUUCUUCUUUCAUCCCUUCCACUACAUCUGACGGACCACUACAUUCUCUUACCAUCUCUGCAUGCUUAUGAAAUCCUUGUACUUUUGAUGCAAAUGCUGAAAGAAUGUUUAUUUGUAUUUCUUCUAUCAGACGGCAUGUGUCCUGCAGCUUUUGUGGCUGUUAAUACCUCUCUACCAGGUUUAUUUCACUUGUUUUAGUCAUCAAAGUCACUUCUUACUUCACCGAAAACAAGUGAAAGUACAAUGGCCUGCCCCUACAAGUUACUAUAAAACCUCCUUCUCUGACUGCCGUCUACUCUUUGUCUCCCUCCUUCUUUCAGUUGGCAAACAAAGCUCUCGUUAAUUGAAUUUCUUUACAUCCUGGAACUCCAGUUUCCAAACUAUCGGUGGUUUUUUGUGAAGCAGAGUAGGUGUAUCCUCCAAGAUGGCGAACGGGACGAGAGGUUAUUUGUGUUACUUGGGCUCCAUCUAGUGGCCAUUCUUGUUUCAUGAAAAGCGCAUAUUCUGAGGACAGGAAACACCCCGACAGAACAGGUGACAGCUUGAAUGGAUAUGGGAGUUUUCUUUUUAAACUCGUGCUGCCUUUUCUCUAUCAGCGCAGAUCUCGACCUACGCUCCUGUGCAGCAGAAUACAACAGAAUUAGGCCAUCUCUCUCUCGCACGUGCACGACAGCCACUGGGUUUGACAUUCACAAUAAAGCUAUUACUUCUUCAAAUGCUUUAUUUGAGUGCUCAGGCAUGUCAUUCUGCUUAAUGUUUCUAACGUGUUUCUCUUGCUCCUGUUUUGCUGUUGAUCUAGCCCCUGUUGCCAGCUCGCUAUGUGUAAAAUACACCCAUCGUGCAGUUGUGAUCACUGGAGGACUCCUUGCAUUUUCAGGAAUGGCACUGGGAUGUCUUGGGCUCAACAUGAUCUGGAUGUAUGCAACAACUGGCUUCCUACAGGGACUUGGGAUUUCCUUUUCAUGGACACCAGCCAUCAGCAUUGUUAGCCAUUAUUUUUCCAAGAAGAGAGCACUGGCCAAUGCUAUUGCCAGUGCUGGAGAAUGUGCAUUUGCAUUUACAUUUGGGCCAUUUUUCCAGUGGUUGAUUGGUCAAUAUGGAUGGAAAGGUGCCCUCUUAAUCAUAGGUGGCACCCAGCUCAACAUCUGUGUCUGUGGAAUACUGAUGCGACCCCUGACAAGCAGCUGCCACCCUCAGGUGACCCAUCCUGAACCACCACCAGGCAAUGGUGUAUCUAAGACAGAUGAAGAAGAGAAGUCUACCAUCACACACAGAAGCUUCAACUGGAUGCUUUUGAGGAGAGCAAAAUUUGUGCUUUAUGCCAUGUUUGGCAUACUAGCUGCAAUGAGCUUUUUUGUUCCUCCGUUAUUUUUAGUUCCACUUAGCUACAGCCUGGGAAUAGACGAAUCUUGGACUGCAUCUCUUCUGUCCAUUCUGGCUACGGUGGAUUUUGCAGGCAGACUGCUAUGUGGUUGGUAUGCCAACCUCCACCUUACGAAAACUAUUCACUUACUGACAAUGACAAUUACCUUGAUCAGUACCUCCUUGAUGCUUCUACCACUGGCUAACAAUUACCUGUCCUUGGCAAUAUUCACUGGCUUCUAUGGGUUCUUCUUUGGCACAACAGUUGCUGUUCAUAUUACAGUGCUAGCAGAAGUUGUGGGCAUGUCAGAUUUUGACAGUGCUUUAGGGCUUUUCAUGCUCAUACGAAGCACUGGAGGAUUUCUGGGGCCUCCUCUUGCUGGUCUGAUUGUGGACAUGGCUGGAGACUACAGAGCAGGUUUCUACAUGGCAGGAGCCACUCUUGUCCUAGCAGCUGUAUUUUUAGUUGUUUUAGAUCAAUUUCAACAAAGGAGUGAAAGAAGAAGCCAGACUAAUACUAAAUCGGAAAAGUCAUCAUUACCUUACACCUCCUUCCAUUUUCUGAAACUUCAGAAAAGAAGGUACCAAGACCGUGAUGUAGUGGUGUGACUACACCGGACAUCGUGCAACUUAGAGUUACGGAAGUGCUUUGUUUCCUUGAAAGUCAAUAUUAGUAGGAUUUUUUAAAUUAUGGGUGUUUUGAGUAGGAGUGUUUAAAACAGGGGAAGAAAAUCACUAGUUCACAAGCAAACAAUACCCAUAACCGCUGUCACAAUGUUAGUUUGAUGUUGCAAUUGCAUUUUGACUUCAUGAGUCUUCAACACAGCCCCACAAGGCUGUGAUAGGGAAGCUGUGAUCUAAACGGAAUUACCACGAGGCAUGUAUGCAGCAGAAAGAAACCUUCCCCUCGAAAUACAGACCACAGCCAUCACCUUCAGAUAGAAGAAGACAGCAGCUCACAGAUGUUUAGCCUGGAGAAGCAGUAUUCAGAAUGACCAUAGAGCAGACUGGAUAUAAAAUCAAGAGUACAUGAAUUUAGCUCUGAGAUAAUGGUUUACUCUUCAGAGCAGGCCUGGAAUCCAAAUAAACCUCGUAAAUGGAGAAAAUUACAUCAAUAAAAUAAUUCAGCAAAGAGAAAUGCAGUCCUAAGUAUCAGAAGCAGAAAGAAAAGUUCACUUACAUAAAAUGGAGAAAGACUGACAAUUAACAGUAGACGACCUAAGGUUAUGGUGAACUUCAAGCCAAGUAAGACUCUCAGAUGUAACAGUAAAUUAAAACUAGUAAGUAUCUCUUUGUGCAAUACUAGGUGAUAGGUGAGAGAACAAUGCUUGCAAGGUUUUACCUAGAAGGGGUUCAUAAAAUGUAAACACUAAAGUGUAGCAAGAGUGAUAAAAGUUUAAAAAAAAGAUGCCAAGAGAAAAAUUCUGUCCAAUUUAGAAAACAAAAUGUUAUGCUGAAAAUGAAAACAGUCCUCAAAUCUGUAAUAGGUUGAAAUAAAGUAGACACAAUUAUUUACUUUUCUUGUAUAGACAAUUAGAAAUUGAUAUAAAGGGAGGUUUAGGUUGGAUAUUAGGAGGAAGUUUUUCACACAGAGGGUGGUGAUGCACUGGAACAGGUUGCCCAAGGAGGUUGUGGAUGCUCCAUUGCUGGAGGCAUUCAAAGCCAGGCUGGAUGUGGCUCUGGGCAGCCAGGUCUAGUGGUUGGAGACCUUGCACAUAGCAGGAGGGUUGAAACUAGAUGAUCAUUGUGGUCCUAUUCAACCCAGGCCAUUCUAUGAUUGUUUGAUAUGAUUCUAUAAUUUACAGCAAGGCAGAGACAUCUCAUGGGAAAAAGACUUUCUAAUUCUAGGCAGAUUAUCAUAGAAAUAGACCAUAGGAGACUACAGAAACAGAGAGAUAUCAGAGAAUAGAUGAGACUUGAGAAUCUAACUAUACUCAGUUCUACCUCCGAAUUGAUUAGUUUUACCUUUCAGUUAUCGUAAGGCUCUUGAAGAAAGAAAACACUUGAUUUAUUAGAUUAAGAAGAAUCUGUACCUAAACCACAUUUUUUUUUUUUUAGUUUUAUUUUAUCUGGGAAAGACACAGAAGAAAGGAAGAACUGGAUCACAUUAAGAAAAAAAUAAUCAGUAAAAAGGAAAAAAUAUAGGACUUAGGAACUUUCAAGCUACUCUACAUUUAUACCUGUCUCAUUUACGAACUUCAGAAUGUUUUUCCAUUCAAACAUUUUAUCUGUGUAGCCAAGUCUAGCAUCAGUUGCUUAUCUAAAAUAAUUAUUUCUUGUCCCAUGAAAAUUAACUCAAAAUUUUAAUUUAAUUUACAGGAAAUUAGUUCAGCUACUCAUAAACCAACUAUCUGCAAGGGCUUAAUUACAGAGCACACAGUGGAAGGGACGCAAUCUGCAGUGUGAGGUCUAUAGAAAGGACCAGGGAUUUCCAGAAAAAUAUGUCAAUUAUGUCAGCUGUGGCAAUUUAAAAGUUAGAUUUCUGUAGAAAGAAUUAUUAUUUUUAUUAUUGUCACUGCAGUGUUCUGAUAUUCAAAAGAACCCUUCAUUUUUAUUUUUAUUUAUUUUCAUUUGAAAUGCAGGGGAAUUGUUGGAGAGGAAAAAUAAUGGGGAGACAUUUAAUAUAGGACUUUUUCUUUCUAUUAUGAUUCAGUAUUUUCUAUUAAAGUUUGUGUUUUACUUACA